UGAACGCAGCAGGAAUGACGCCUUCUUCAAACCGCCUACCCAUGAAAACAGACUUUGCAGAAGAGGCUCCUUAUCACUGUACGUUGGGAGCCUGGACGUUUUGUUAAGCCCCUCAAAACCGCGAAGCAGAGCUGCUUUGAAGAACCUGCUGAGGUGAAGAGAGCCGUCUGUUCCUGAGAGUCCCGGGUGCCUUCAUUCUCUUUCAGAUGUCAAGAGGAACCUGGACUCCCUCUGGAUAAAGACGCACCAUGUGUCAGAACUGCAGAUGUCUUGCUACUGCCUCAUAGACGGCCGGUCCUCCUAUAAACUUUGCCCUCUAAUCUGAGGACUUUCCUAAUCCUCACCGUUGGCCACUGUUCAAGAUGAAGAAGGUGGCGGCAUGGUCGACAGAAGAUGUUUUUGAUUGGCUGAGCAAAGAGGGUAUGCCAGAGUACACCCAUGCCCUCCGUCAGACAGAUGGCCCUGCUCUACUCAGGCUCACCAAGGCAGAUUUCAAGGUGCCUCCCCUCUCGAGGGUGUCACCUGACGGCGGGGAGCGGCUGUUGGAGCGGAUGGAGAUCCUCCGGAUAGAGACCCACAUUGAGGAUCAUAAAAACGGUCACGCAAACGGGCACGUAGCGGGAAUACCCAACGGAACUAGUAAGCCUCAGAGGAAUGGCACGCUGGGGAGGAAAGACUUUGAGCAGGAGAUGAUCCACAUUCCUAUGCCAACAAUAGAACCUACUCGCACCCCAUUCCCUACAGAGUGGGGGAAGACAGGCAUAGCAUUCAUCUAUGCUGUGGUGUGCUUCGUCACCACCAGUGUUGUCAUUUCAGUGGUCCAUGAACGAGUUCCUCCGAAGGAGCAUACUCCGCCGCUGCCCGAUAAGUUCUUCGACCUGUUCGACAGGCGUGAGUGGGCUUUCUCCAUCUGCGAGAUUAACGGCAUGCUGCUGGUGGGCCUGUGGCUGAUACAGUGGAUGCUUCUCAAGCACAGAUCAAUUGUAGGCAGGAGGUUCUUCUUCAUUGUAGGAACACUCUAUCUCUACCGAUGUAUUACAAUGUAUAUCACUACUCUUCCGGUUCCCGGGAUGCACUUUAAAUGCUCACCAAAGCUUCUCGGGAACUGGGAGGCACAGAUGAGGAGAAUAAUGAAAAUGAUUGCCGGCGGGGGCCUCUCCAUCACAGGCUCCCACACCAUGUGUGGAGAUUAUCUAUAUAGUGGCCACACUGUCAUGUUGACGCUCACGUUCCUCUUCAUCAAGGAGUAUUCCCCCAGGCGCUUUUGGUUGUACCACUGGACCUGCCUGGCACUGAGUGCCAUUGGGAUUUUCUGCAUCCUCCUGGCCCACGACCACUACACUGUGGACGUGGUCGUGGCAUACUUCAUCACUACCCGCCUCUUCUGGUGGUACCACACAAUAGCCAACCAGCAGUCGCUGAAGGAGACGUCACCGAGCAACCUGUUGUCACGGGUGUGGUGGUACAAACUCUUCCAGUAUUUCGAAGAGAACGUGAACGGCACAGUUCCUCGGAAUUACCAGCUGCCCCUCGCAUUGCGGACGAUGCGCUGGAACCGUGGCGUGAAGUUCAGCCGACUGGACACGCAGUGACCCCAGUGGAGCUGAAGCAUACGAGGACUGUGAUUUAAACAAGUGCUAUGUUUUUUUUUUGUUGUUGUUUUUUUUAAAUUUGUGGAAGAUGGCACUGUUCUAUGUAGAGCUGUCCUUUUCACCCUUGCUAACAGGAGUCUCCCGGUCUAAAUGGGUAGCACUGUGACCGUGUAGACAUUUUGUUUUUUCUUCCGUUGUCCCUUUUUCAUUUCUGCAAGUUUUUGUAAGCACACUAAUUUAUUUGGUUUUACUUCAGUGGGAAUGGGUCACAAUCAUUUCUGCUAGUAUUAGCGGAUGUAUCAUUUUAAUAAACUUAUAAAGCUCAAUUUUUUUCCCUCAGCACAAAAACAUCAACAGUUUUCUGUUUCUAGACUUCUAGUCCAGUCAGCGUCAAAUGGAUGCUUAUUUGAGAACCAAAAUGCCAUAAGUUUUACUUUCCUUUUUUAUAGCCGCUUGCUUUUGGUAAACUCUCCUUGCUGAAAUGAAUCAAAGGUGCAGAUGAUAUUUUUUCUAAAUAUGUCAAACUUUAUUUUUCAAUAGGAAAAUGAUCUCCAGCUAAAAAAAAAAAACUUUUUUAGAUUUUUAUCUUUUUCAAGUUGAAUAGUGGAUGGAUAGAGCGUAAGAGUUUCAUGCGGUAUAACAUAAACCCAGUGCCUUCCUCAGCCUGAUUGUCAAACAGUUUAACUACAAUAUGUGUUGUUGUCCUAACCCCGUCGCGGUCCCCUGACCCAUCUCCCCCGUAACUGCAAGUCCUGUUCUUAUGAAUGUAU